AAUAAUAAGAUCUUAUGUGUGUCUUUGUCUUCUCCACAGCCCUCGACCCAAAUCCACGUCUGCAGAGCAGCACAACAUGAGCAGAGAACAACACAAGCACAUCUCCUCUGAACACCUUUGAUUACACAGAGCACAUGGAGUCAGUGGUGAAAGUGAAGAAGUGCUUUCAGAAGCCCAUGAGGAAGCUGACAAGCUGUGUGCUGAAGCAGGAGGAGAAGAGGCUCUGCUCGGGACACAGGUCGAGGAGAGACAGACGGCCGGGCACCAGGAGGAGGAAGGACCCUCUGAGACAGACUCCCCCUCGCUCCUACCAGGCCGACCUCGACAAGGAGAGGAAACUGAGGGAAGCCAUGAACGCUCAGAAGAAUGCAGAGAGAGCCGCCAUGAGAGCACACUUCAGGAGGAAAUACCAACUGUCUGAGGACCCUCAGGACUGGUACCACCUGCGCUCCUUCGGGGGGAAAGUGGCACUGCCUCAUGAGCUGUCCAAGAUUAUUUAUCCAGAAGCUCAGACCAAGGACGAGGGCUUCGACCUGCUCAGCGCUUUCCAAGGUCUCAGCCUCAACCCAGUGAUUGGAGCCAGCGGCCCGAGCGCAGACGGCUGCAGAGUCAUAGGGACUGGAGCCAAGAGGAGCAUGUCCUCCCCAGUGAUGGUGUGGUGCUCUCAGGGACAGGCCUGCAGACAGGUGCUCCCCAGAGGCUUCAGUCUGGCUGCUACCAGCCCAGUGGAGGAUGGGGCAGUGGAGCAGGGGGCAGUGAGGACUGUGGGGGUCCGGAGGAGGGGUGUAGACGGGCGCGUACGCAGAUUUGAGGAGAUCCCUCACACUGGACGCAGCGGCUGGGUCAACCUGCUCAAGUUCUGGAGAGAGGAUCGUUUCAGACACCUGCACAAGCACAUGGAGAAGACCUUCAAGGAGCUGGGACCCAUCUACAGAGAACACGUGGGCACCCAAAACACAGUGAACAUCCUAUUGCCGGGCGACAUCAGUGAGCUGUUCCGCUCCGAGGGGCUGCACCCUCAGAGGAUGACCCUCACAGCCUGGGCCACGCACCGAGAGAUCCGACAGCACAGCAAGGGGGUCUUCCUCAAAAAUGGUGAGGAGUGGCGAUCCGACCGCCUGCUGCUCAACAAGGAGGUGAUGAUGGCCUCAGCCGUACGACGCUUUCUGCCCCUGCUCAAUGAAGUGGCCACAGAUUUCUGCCAGAUGCUGAUUGGACGAGUGGAGCGUGAGGGACGUGGCCAAGGAAGCAGACGCAGCCUCACCCUCGACCCCAGCCCUGACCUCUUUCGCUUUGCCCUGGAAGCCAGUUGUCAUGUCCUGUACGGGGAGCGGAUUGGCCUCUUCUCCGCUUCUCCUUCCCUCGAGUCUCAGAAAUUUAUUUGGGCGGUGGAGAGAAUGCUGACCACCACUCUGCCACUGCUGUUUCUGCCCCCUCGCCUGCUCCUCCGCAUCGGCGCUCCCCAGUGGACCCAGCACGCCAAAGCAUGGGACCACAUCUUCAGCCAUGCUGAGUCUCGGAUCCAGAAGGGUUACCAGCGCCUGUCCUCCUCCAGAGCGCAGGAGUCAUCCACAGUGGCCAGUAGGGGGCAGUACCCAGGGGUUUUGGGUCAGCUGAUGGAGAAGGGACAGCUGUCUCUGGACCUCAUCAAAGCCAACCUGACUGAGCUGAUGGCGGGAGGGGUGGACACGACUGCUGUCCCUCUGCAGUUUGCUCUCUUUGAGCUGGGUCGAAACCCCGUGGUGCAGGAGCAGGUGAGGCAACAGGUGAGGGAGUCGUGGGCUAAAGCUGGAGGAGAUCCUCAGACCGCUCUGCAGGGGGCGCCACUCCUCAAAGGCACCAUCAAGGAGAUCCUCAGGCUGUAUCCAGUGGGGAUCACAGUGCAGCGCUAUCCAGUCAGAGACAUCGUCAUCCAGAACUAUCAUAUCCCGGCCGGGACAGCGGUGCAGGCCUGUCUGUACCCGAUGGGACGGAGUGCAGAGGUGUUCCCCGACCCCCUGCGGUUCGACCCGGGCCGGUGGGCGAGCAGAGGAGAGGAGGCAGGCACAGAGGGGGCGGGGUUUCGCUCCUUGGCGUUUGGCUUCGGGUCGAGGCAGUGUGUGGGGAGAAGGAUUGCAGAGAACGAGAUGCAACUGCUCCUGAUGCACAUCUUGCUGAACUUCCACUUGACUGUGCCCUCUUCAGAAGACCUGGAGACCACGUACACUUUAAUCCUACAGCCGCGGAUCCCUCCUAAAAUCACGUUCCACAAGCUCUGA